AGUUUCUUAUUGAGAAGCAAAUUAACUUUAAAAGCUGUUUCUCCAAAUUCUCGAUUUCUCCAAGCCUCUCUGUCUGUGUCUCAUCCAAAUUUCCCAGAGAUUUCUUCUUCACGGAGUAGAAGAGAUGAGGAGAGUUUUCGGCGCGAAGAAAAACACAGAGCCCCCUCCAUCUAUUCAGGAUGCCUCUGAUCGGAUAAAUAAAAGAGGAGAUUCAGUAGAAGAUAAGAUAAAGAAGCUUGAUGUUGAGCUCUGCAAAUACAAAGAGCAGAUUAAAAAGACAAGGCCUGGUCCAGCUCAAGAAGCUUUAAAAGCUCGUGCUAUGAGGGUUCUGAGGCAGAAGAAAAUGUAUGAAGGACAACGCGACAUGCUCUACAAUCAGACAUUCAAUCUCGAUCAAGUUUCAUUCGCUGCUGAAGGCCUCAAAGAUGCUCAACAAACUAUGACAGCACUAAAAUCUGCGAACAAGGAGCUUAAAGGAAUGAUGAAAACCGUAAAGAUUCAAGAUAUCGAUAAUUUGCAAGACGAGAUGAUGGAUCUGAUGGAUGAGAGUUCUGAAAUACAAGAAACUCUUGGUAGGAGCUACAGUGUUCCUGAUGGCCUUGACGAAGAUGAUCUCAUGGGAGAGCUUGAAGCUCUUGAAGCUGACAUGGGAAACGAGACCGAAGCAGAUGGAAUGCCUUCUUAUCUCCAACCCGAUAAGGAAACUGAUUACGAUGAUGAGCUUAACUUGCCUGACGCACCAGGAGGACGCACUGGAGCUCCAUCGGGUCGAGUUCAGGCUGAGGACGAGUUUGGAUUACCGGCGGUACCACGAGCCUCUCUCCGGGGAUAAGUUCCGGCGAUUCUCUUUUGAAGUGGAACUAUUUUUAAGCCUUUGGGUCAUUUUUAUUGAAAAGCACUAUAUACCGCUGUAUGUGAAUAAAUAUGAUAGUGAAUGGAAAAAACGCAAAGUCAAUUUUGCUUUAUUUU